AUGGAAAUCCCAGAUGAUUUCUCCUCCUAUGUGAGUGCCCCAAAUAGCCCUGCUCGAUGCAGCCCUGGAAAUAAUUUGUUCUAUAGUGUCCCGGGAAGUCCUAGGAAAAGAACAAUAUCAAACACUCCAUAUGAUGCAUGUUACAGUGAUCAUGAGUACAUGACACCACCAAUGACACCCUAUCAAGAUGCAAAUUCCGAUCUCGAUGACUUUGAAUUCGAAACCAGUCGCAGUUUCAAUCUUGACGAGUUUGAUAACGUGAAAAGUCAGCAGAAGGCUUCGUUGGACAGGAAACAGCAAGAACAAAUUAGGCAACAAAGGCAGUGCAGGGACUCCCUUCCGAUGACCAUGUCAUUUGCUGAUGAGCUUUUCUGUGAUGGAAAAGUGAUGCCACUUGCACCUCCGGCACUCAAACUUCCACCACGUCUUCAUCAGAAAAGGAGUGGCAGCCAGAGCCCCAUGCCAUCUUCCCCAAGGUCUCCCAGUUUUGUUCUGAAUUUGCCAUUUUCGUACAGGAGGUUGUGGAAUGAUGAUUUUGAUCCAUUCACAGUGGCAUUGGAGCGUGUCAGGGAGGAGAAAAAGAGAGGGAAAGAAAAGACACACGAUCAUAACAUGGUGGGCUUGAAUGACCAACAGAACAAGGAAACUGGCCAGCUAACACCAAUUCACUCACCUUCUGCAAACUCUGCGGGUCAGCUGGAACCAAGGAAACAAGUUGGGCAAAGUCAAAAAAGGCUGGCUCUUCCCAAAGGACUAGAAUUUGCAAGACAAGUUAGACUUAUCCAAAAUGGUUAUAAUGAGAGAUUUAGUGACCUCAAUAUGGCAAGACCUCUCUGCAGAGUAGAAGAGACACCUAAGAAUAAGAUUGUUCAAGGAAGUGGAGAUCAAAGGAACAUAAGUGCUCCUUGUACAAAGGAAACCAAGGGGCAGAAAAUCAAGGGCUUUCACUGA